AUGGUAAUCCUGGGGUUGUGCGGAUUUCUUGUGGCUGUCAAGCUCAUUGCAACUUUGGUAUCUGCAGCUAAUGACGAGUGCCCAGAGAAUUGGAAAAACUAUGGUGAUCGUUGCUACGUAUCCAGCGUGAAUAUUAUGCAAGCUGGCCAUGGCACGAACCAGGGCGUGGUCGGCUUGACCUGGGAAAAAGCGGGUCAAGCUUGUCAGGGAGUCCAAGCUAGUCUCCUGAUUCUGAACAGCCGUGAGGAGUGGCAAAGCAUCAGCGAUUACAUGGGGGAAUACUCGUAUUCCUGGCUGGGUUGUCAAUCGACGGCUGGAGAGGAGUUUGCUUGCGGCAACGAGGCGUUUUACUCCCUCAAAAUUAUAGGGCACUACACCGGUUUUUGGUUGUGGGAAGUUGCACCAGGACCACGCACAUCCACUCAGACCGAGACAUGCGUGCGUUUGGACAAGUUGAAAUCUGGCACCGAGGCAUGGAUGGUCGAAAGUGACUGCACAACGGUCAGCGCUUACAUAUGCGAGCGCCCUCUUGAGGCGAUUGAGGUGCAGCCGGGAGCUCAGACUCCUCCUGUGCCGGGUCGGCCUACCGCAGGACCUGCUGCUUCUCUCACGGAAUCUGGGCAAGAAAUACCGACGCCACAGCAGGAUGUCGUGGUCUGUCCCAUUAUACAAGAGCCGAUCAAUGGAUUCGCCCGUCCGUUCGAGUACGAGUGGUUGAUACCAAGGCGAUACCCGUGCGCGUGCACCAAACUACGCAUCGGUGGAGUCAACGUUCACCGCGCAGCCAGACCGUACCGCGCCGCGCGCGUACCGACGCUCGUUCAAGGUGAAAACGCCGAAGAGAUUCGUGAUGCAUUGGGGUGUGUCGAUGUCGUCAAGCCAGUAAAGGUUUCCGACAUCUCCACUGAAAAUCCUGGAAAUUUUCAGAUGCCUCCUGGUGGCAAGUAAAACGUCACAAGCUAGCGCACCUACGGAGUACUGGAGGUGCCAUCCAAGAUCCUGAGAAAAUUUAUCACAGUCAACAUCCUGAGUUAUCUCGUCAACAUCCUAAGUUAUCUCGUCAUCUCGUGAUAUUUUUGUCAGGAUCUCAACAUGUU